AAAUAUACCGAAAUAUACCGCCUCUUUUUAAAAAAAAUUCCGAAGAAACGAAAGCUUGCCAAAACCAGCCAGAGGUUAAAAUAUAAUUUUGCGGUGAAAAUUAAGUCUUCUAUUUUUGUGGAACAAGCGAUUUGAUGUAACUGGUAUUUGACAAUCGACUGAUUGUAGAUUAUAACAGUUUAAAGAUGUUCGACAAGAAUAAAAAGGUUUCGGUCUUUGCCGCCUAUCGCGGCUCCGCAACCUCAAAAAAUUAUGUACAAAAAGGAACAAAGAAUUUCGACAAAAAUGGUGCCGCCAAAAAUAACAACAGGAACUUGGCCUCCAAAAAUGGGGGAAAGCUGAAGGGUCCGCUAAAAAGGAGCGGUAGCUAUAGCGACGGCGACAACGGCAGCAGCAGCAGCAGCGGGGAAGACGAGGAGGACGACAGCACCGACAGCAGAGAAACUCCGGCUAAUACUCGUGAGUCACUGAAGCGUCGCAACGAUGAGGCGGAGGGCAGCAAGCCCAUCGGCGCCAAGCGUACUUCAUUCACUCCAGUCGGCCAGAAAGACGAGGAGGACGACAGCACCGACAGCAAUGGUGAAUUGUAUGAUUCGUCCGAGAGUGGCGAGGAAUACACGCUGAACAGCCACUCGUAUCAAUCCUCGCCAGAAACUCCGGCUAAUACUCGUGAGUCACUGAAACGUCGCAACGAUGAGGCGGAGGGCAGCAAGCCCAUCGGCGCCAAGCGUACUUCAUCCACUCCAGUCGGCCAGAAAGACGAGGAGGACGACAGCACCGACAGCAGUGGUGAAUUGUAUGAUUCGUCCGAGAGUGGCGAGGAAUACACGCUGAACAGCCACUCGUCUCAAUCCUCGCCAGAAACUCCGGCUAAUACUCGUGAGUCACUGAAGCGUCGCAACUAUGAGGCGGAGGGCAGCAAGCCCAUCGGCGCCAAGCGUACUUCAUCCACUCCAGUCGGCCAGAAAGACGAGGAGGACGACAGCACCGACAGCAGUGGUGAAUUGUAUGAUUCGUCCGAGAGUGGCGAGGAAUACACGCUGAACAGCCACUCGUCUCAAUCCUCGCCAGAAACUCCGGCUAAUACUCGUGAGUCACUGAACCGUCGCAACGAUGAGGCGGAGGGCAGCAAGGCCAUCGGCGCCAAGCGUACUUCAUCCACUCCAGUCGGCCAGAAAGACGAGGAGGACGACAGCACCGACAGCAAUGGUGAGUUGUAUGAUUCGUCCGAGAGUGGCGAGGAAUACACGCUGAACAGCCACUCGUCUCAAUCCUCGCCAGAAACUCCGGCUAAUACUCGUGAGUCACUGAACCGUCGCAACUAUGAGGCGGAGGGCAGCAAGCCCAUCGGCGCCAAGCGUACUUCAUCCACUCCAGUCGGCCAGUCGACAUCGGCUGCCAGCAAGAAGAAUACGGUUCCAGUCAAGGUGGAGGUGGCGUCGCCAAACCGCGCGUUGCUGUCCCCACAGUCGAUCGAGAUGGAACCAGGGGACAGCAUGUUUUGCAGAAUUAAAAUCGGUGUAAUUAAAUCUGUUCAACCCGGAGGUGAUGUAGGAGCAGAGGCUGGCGCUGGUCAGGCCGUAAACCGCCUGGAGCCAUGCCAUGAAGUGCACAAGGAAAACAGCAUUGAAGUGGGAAAGCGGACCCUGGCUCAGCUCAUUGCUCCGAUGACUAUGGCCACUUUUUUGCGUGACCACUGGGAAAAGAGUCCAUUUAGAGUGAUAACAACGACCUCAGGUGGAUUCUCCAAUCUAAUAUCGUUCAAGAUGAUCGACAAAAUGCUGAUCCAGAACCACGUGGAGUAUACCACCAACAUCGAUGUAACAAGCUAUGAGGACGGCGUGCGGAAGACCUUGAACCCUGACGGUCGUGCCUUGCCCCCUAGCGUUUGGGCCCACUAUCAACGCGGCUGCAGCAUCCGUAUCCUGAAUCCCUCCAGCUACCUUGUCCAGCUGAGGCAGUUGUGCGUCAAGCUGCAGGAGUUUUUCCAUUGCCUGGUGGGGGCCAAUGUCUACCUGACGCCCCCCGAGAGCCAGGGAUUCGCACCGCAUUACGAUGAUAUUGAAGCCUUUGUUCUCCAGGUGGAGGGCAAGAAGCGCUGGCGCAUCUACGCCCCCACCAAAGAACUGCCCCGUGAAUCGUCGGGCAACCUCAGCCAGACCGAAUUGGGCGAUCCCAUAAUGGAUAUAGUACUGAUGCCCGGCGAUCUCUUAUACUUCCCACGCGGCUGGAUCCACCAGGCCAUCACAGAGAAGGACUCCCAUUCGCUGCACAUUACCCUCAGCGCCUACCAGCAGCAAUCGUACGCCAAUCUGAUGGAGAAGCUCAUGCCCCUGGUUGUUAAGGAGAGUGUCGAGCAGACCUUGAAGCUGCGCAAGGGGCUUCCGCUGGACAUCUUUCAGAACCUUGGCGUGGCCAACGCCGAAUGGAACGGCGUGCAUCGCCAAAAGUUGAUACAGCAUAUCCAGAAUCUAGCACAGCGUCUGAUGCCCACCGAGGGUCAGAUCGAUCGGGCCUUGGACCAAUUGGCCAUAAAAUUCCAGCACGAGGCCCUGCCACCCACCAUUGCGCCCCAGGAGUUGAAACGCACUGUAUACGGUGCACAGGCUACCGCCGAUAAGACUGGCCAUUGCUCACUUGAUUACGAACUCGCAGAGGGGACUGCAGUGCGUCUGCUGCGUGCCAAUAUCGUACGCCUGACGGUCGACGAGGGUGUCCUGCGCUGCUACUACUACACGGACAAUGGUUUGGAGUAUUGUAAAUAUGAGCCAAACUUCUUUGAGCUGGAACCGUUCCAUGGUACUGUUAUUGAGACGCUAAUUCAUGCCUAUCCCGAUUAUACAAAGAUCAAAGAUCUACCCCCGAUGGGAAACGAUGAAGACCGCUUGGAGUUUGUCGAAGCCCUCUGGGAGCGCGGAAUCCUUAUGGUUGAGAAGCCCUUCAAAAAAGUAUAGGCUCGGGAAUUCUUCCCCCCUCAAAAUAAACGAACCCAAAGCGAGAGUCUAGUCCUAGUAAUCUAAGAUAUUCCCUGUUCUGUUCACCAUUUGUAAUUUUUGUUAGCCCGCAGUGUCUUUAAUGUUAUGUGUCGAGUCCUAGGGCAGCGCCAACAGCAUGAAAAUUAACAAGAACAUUAAUUAAAAGAACAAAUAAAUAAUCCAAGGGAUGCAA